AUGAUCUGUUUUUCCAAAAUACGCUUUUUGGAGGGUUUUUUUUCUGGUUCAUUUGAAUCAAUUGCUACCUACCAGAUUACUUUGCAUAAUGUGAAUUUGGAACAUCUCUUGAGGGCCUUUUGGGAACAAGAGGAAGUUGCUUCAGGGCGAGAUUUAUCCAAUGAAGAAUUGGCUUGUGAGAAUUAUUUUAAAUCCACAACUAAGCGUAAUUCAUAUGGACGCUAUGUGGUGAAUCUACCAUUUAAGUCAGUCUUACUGACUGAUGAACUUCCCACAAUCCAUAACAAUAUGAUUAGUGCUUUUAAACGAUUUAAACAACUUGAAAAAUCUUUUUCUAAACGUCCAUCUUUUUCUGAAAGUUAUAUAAGUUUUAUGCAUGAAUAUGAGUCCUUGGGCCAUAUGUCUAAAAUUGGAACAUAUCCUGGUAGUAUUGAGGAAAAUUCAUACUUCUUGCCACAUCAUGGCGUCUUCAAAGAAGAUAGUACUACCACAAAAUUAAGGGUAGUCUUCGAUGGCAGUAGCCACGUUGAAGGAAGAAAAUCCUUGAAUGAAGAACUUUUGCCAGGUCCUGCGUUACAGAACGAUUUGCCAACUAUUUUGAAUAAAUGA